AGACUGGCCGUUGUAUGAAGCCUUUACCUUAAACUGCCACUGAUACCUCCACAUUCCGCUACUAAGAGGCUAAAACGCCAAAAUCCGCGAAGGCGUGGCUCAUACGCAGCGUGUGAUGUUCUUCCACUUGUCGUCUUCGCAUGUGGAUUACGGCAAACAGAGUGGGGGGAAUCAACAGAGAGAUCAACAUCAUAAUAUUUCUUCAUUGGAGCAGAAGGGGGGUUAGGAGAUGGAGAAGAAGCGUUCUUCCAAAGAAUUCAAUAACAAUGUCGUACAUUUUCUGCCUACAGAUCAGGACAUCGCCUCUCCCACCUUCCACUCUCAGGGUAAGGUUUACCGGCCCAAAAUCAAAACUUCAAACGAAGGUGCUAAGCCAAGCUCCAGAGGGGUAACAAAGCCGAUUGAGUCAAAUGCUGAAGCACCCACAAAAGCAGAUUCAGCAAAGGAAGAUGCUUCUCCUGACACCAACCUUACUGCUAAUGCCGCUGAGAAGGGUAAGGUUUACAGGCCCAAAAUCAAAACUUCGAACGAAGGUGCUAAGCCAAGCUCCAGAGGGGUAACAAAGCCGAUUGAGUCAAAUGCUGAAGCACCCAAAAAAGCAGAUUCAGCAAAGGAAGAUGCUUCUCCUGACACCAACCUUACUGCUAAUGCCGCUGAGAUGGUGCCCGGGGAUGGAACUUGUCAAAAUCACUCAAAUGCAGAAGGUGCUCCAAAUUCAAGUUUGGCCAAAUCACAUUUAUAUGAGAUCUGUGCCGCAAACCAUUGGAAGCCCCCUUCAUUUGAAUGUUACAAAGAAGAAGGGCCAAAUCACAUGAAAUUGUUCACAUUCAAGGUCUUUGUUGAGAUGGAAGAAGCAACGAUUAGAAUUCUGGAGUGCUUUAGUGCCCCUCGUUCAAAAAAGAAAACAGCAGCAGCACAUGCAGCUGAAGGUGCACUUUGGUUUUUAAAGCACAAAGGUUAUUUUCCUAGCCGAAGGGCUAGCACUAUCACCAUGAUACAAACACAUUAAAACGGAAAUGUGUUAAAGUUCGAUUGAAUUACCUGGAAAAACACCAGCAAAACCAUCAGCCUUCUCAAUCAGUUCAUCAACAGGAACUGCAGCAAUAGUCUCAUCCUUGCUCUGGCCGAGGAGGGAGGAAGAAGGAUACAUGUUGGUUCCCAUGCCAAGCCUGCGACCAGUCUCCUUGCCAAUAGCCAGCUGGUCGCCUGUAAUCAUCUUGACAUUGACACCAAGAUCGAGUGCGCGACGAAUUGUUUCUGCACUGUCAUGUCUUGGAGGAUCAAAGAGAGGCAAGAGACCUACAAAUUGCCAUGGCUCUCCCACACUUUCCUUGAUCUUCUCCUGGACUGUCUGUCAUAUGGGAAAAGAAAAAUACCAGAUGAAGUUCAGUUCUAAGCUUCAAAUAAACUUACAAUGGAACAAGAACAUAGGCUCACUUGUCGAGCAACAGCAAGAGAACGCAGACCACGGUCGGCAAACUUAUCAAUAAUAGCAUGAGCUUUCCUUUUCACAUCUGCCCUAAGAUUACAGAGCUCAAUGAUCUAAUUGAGAUUUUAGAUGUUAGGCAUAUAGAUAAUAAUAUUGAAAUGAAUGCAAAUAAAAAAAAAUUGAGUA